AUGGGUUAUCUGUUGCAUGUGUCCCUAGGUUUACUGUCUCUUGCAUCCACUGGUUAUCUUGCUCUUGAUGCCAUUGGUACUCGAUGCAACCCUGUCAUUGGUUCUGUGGCUCUUCCAGCGGUUGGUAUUCGGUCUCUUGCGCCUAUUGGUUAUGUGGCUCCUGUUGUCAUCCACGUUCGGUCUGUUAUGUCCAUUGGUUAUUUUUAUGUUGCUGCCAUUGAUGUUUGGUCUGUUGUGUCCAUUGGUCGUCUGGUUGUUGCUGCGAUUGUGUUUCGGUAUAUUGUGUCCAUUGGUUCUCUGGCUCAUGAUGCCAUUGUUUUUCGGUCAUUUGCGUCGGUUCCUCUUCUGUCACUUUUGUCCCACUCCCUGAAGCCCCAAUAUGUUUUUUAG